AUGGCUGACUACUUAGAUCAGCUUUUUGACAGUGACUCGGAUGAGUCUGAGUUUUCUGGUUUCUCAGAGUUUGACUCUGAUAUUGAAGUCGGUGAUUUGUCCGAUGAUGACAUUAUUCCCGAUGCUGAGGCUGCAGAUGAUAAUUGGACAGAUGACUUCAGUCCAUUGAGGUUUGAUGAGUUCAACGAGCAGCCGGGAGCACGCCUGCCAGAUGGAUUCGAUGUGGACACAGCCACUCCCAUGGAUUACUUUUGGCUGCUGUUCUCUCCGCAGCUGCUUCGGUCCAUUGUGGCGCAUACCAAUGGUUACUUCGCUUGGAAGAUGGCACAGCCGGACAUUCCAACGGACCUUAGAUGGCAGGACACAACAGAAGAAGAGAUGAGGGCAUUCCUUGCCAUCAACAUCCUGAUGGGAAUCAACCAGCUCCCCAAUGCCGAGAUGUUCUGGUCGUCCAAUCCCUUCAUCAACAAUGCUGGAAUCACCAACACCAUGACAUGCAACAGGUUCCAGAAGCUGGUGCAGUACUUCCAUGUUGCGGACCGGUCGACUGAGCCAGGAAGGGGAGAGCCAGGAUACGACAAACUCUUCAAGGUGCGACCUGUCAUGGAGAGCGUCAGCCGGACAUUCCAGGACAUCUACACGCUCAACAAGGAGGUCUCCAUUGACGAGGCCAUGAUUGCGUUUACCGGCCGCCUCAGCUUUAGACAGUGUAUGCCCGCCAAGCCGAUCAAGAGGGGAAUCAAGGUGUGGAUGCUCUGCGAUGCCAGGACAGCCUUCCUUGCUCGUUUUGAGGUAAACCUGGGGCGACAGAAAAACCAGACGGAACACGGACUUGGCCACAACGUUGUGAUGAGGCUAGUUGACCACAUCUACCACUCCUUCCGCUGGUUGUUCUUCGACAACUUCUUCACAGGUAUACCUCUCAUGAAGGAACUCCUGGAGAAGGGCCUGUACGCCUGCGGGACUGUCAGGGUCAACAGGAAGGGAUUCCCGAGCCAGUUGAAGAAGCCAGCAGAGGUACGCCAGCGCGGAGACUUUAAGAUCAUGCAGUUGGGUGACACCAACCUGACUGCCACUGUGUGGAAGGACAAGCGACUUGUUCAUCACUUGUCCACGUUGAGCGACCCUACCGUCACUUUACCUGUACAGCGACGAUGUGGAGCCAACGUCAUGCAGCUACAGUCGCCACACAGUGUGAACGUCUACAACAUGUAUAUGGGUGGUGUCGACCUUCAUGACCAGUACCGCGCUAAGUAUGACGUUGGGCGCUGUUCCAAGAAGUACUGGCGAUACCUCUUCUGGUUUCUUCUGAACUGUUGCAUUGUGAAUGCCUUCAUCCUCUACAAACUGACGUCCCGCAGGAGAAUCGGCAGGAAGCGGUUCAUCCCCCUUGAUUUCCGCCUGGAACUUGUCCGAGAACUGGUUGGCGGGUACUGCAAAAGAAAACGGGCAGCACCGGAAGGCAGAGGGAGAGAUGGCUUGGUGGAGCAGAUAAACAUGGGGGGCCAUGUCAUGUCCCGACUCUCCGACAAGACAAAGACCUGCAAGUACCACACCCGAUACCUGAAGCAGCGGAAGGAGACGAAGUUAGGAUGUGCUACUUGCGGUGUCCACCUGUGUCAGGAUGGUUGCUUCGCCAGAUAUCACAACCUGUGAUGAGUAAUAACUUUACUUGUAAUGACACUUUUUAACUUCGUUUUUCGAAAAAGUGUCAUGUGCAAUCAAGUAAAAGUUAUCAUGGACACACACAUUGCUAAGAAAAGGACAUUGAUUAGGACAUUGCUACUGUAUAUAUUGCAACUAUAUUUUCAGUAUUCAGAUUAUUAUAUUUUUAAAACUAAGAAGUAAAUUAUUUAUUUAAUAUUUCUAAUUUUAUAAGCCAUGAAUUAUAAAAAUUGAUUAGAUUUUAUUUCAUUUGUCAUGUCGCAUUAUAAUUAAAAAAAACUUAAUAGUAAAUAAGUUGU